CAUAACAAUUACAAUAUUCUACGGAAUGACGAACAAAUCAGGCUUGGUGUCACCGGUUUGAUUGUCGCUAGCACUCAAGAAUAGGCCAUGGCUUUACUUUUGUGGAAAGCAUUCGACUUCUUCGAAAUUAGCCAAGUCAAACUCGGUGACGACGAAACACGAUCGUUCUUCGAGAAUAACGAGAUAUCGAGCGUUUGUUCCGGUUCCGAUAGUUUAUUUCUUGGAAGCGAUAAUGGAUACGUUCGUAUCAUCGGUCCAAGCUGGAAGAUAGUUCGGAGCUUUCACGCACACGACACUGGUCGCAUAACGCAUAUGCGCCAGGUCGAGGGGACGAGCCUUCUAGUGACCGUUUCGGAGGACCUAAGCAACGAGCCGGUACUGAAGGUCUGGGCAUUAGACAAACCUGUUAAGAAGACGGGAUUGCCUACCUGCUUAAGUUCGUUGACCAUAAACAAUGGCAGAAAGCAGUUUCCCAUCUCGUCCUUCACCGCUCUCGAUGAUCUAUCACAACUUGCUGUGGGAUUCGCAAACGGAGCAGUCACAGUAAUACGAGGCGAUCUGAUACACGACCGAGGCACGAAACAACGAAUAGUCUACGAAUCCGAAGAGCCGAUAACAGGAGUCGAAUUCGUAGCCGAUCCAAGGCUCACCACACUAUUUGUUGCGACGACUUCCAAACUAUUGAAGUUGAUUAUAUCAGGAAAAGGCCAAGGCCAGCCUCCGAGAACAAUCGAGGAUGCCGGAUGUGCAGCUGGGUGCAUGACAGCAAACAAGAAGACUGGAGAUAUCAUCGUGGUUCGCGAAGAUGCAGUGUAUUACUAUACACUGGAGGGAAGGGGACUAUGCUUUGCUAACGACGGAGCUACGAGUUUAGUAUCAACGUUCCAGGACUACGUUGCACUUAUUUCGCCGCCCCCGGCUUCUGGUAGUGGAGGUUCCGACAGUAUUAGACGUCGUUUUGGGGGCACAAACACCGAAUCUCUAUUCAAUGCCGCUAGGUUCACGAUGGUGGACCCGGCCCUUCAAAUAGUCGCACACUCUGAGUCUCUCAUCUCUGAAGUCAAGGCGAUCUUCCAGAUAUGGGGAGAUCUGUACAUUCUUACACAAGAUGGAAAGGUCAACCGCUACCAUGAGAAAUCGUUGCAACAAAGACUCGAGUUAUUAUAUCAACGAAAUCUAUUCCCGCUUGCCAUCAACCUCGCGCAGAAGUCUGGCAUGGACCUGCAACAACAGAAUGUCAUAUACCGGAAAUAUGGCGAUCAUCUAUAUCAGAAAGGGGACUAUGACAGCGCUAUGUCACAGUACAUUAAGGCAAUUGAUAACACAGAACCCUCGCAAGUGAUCCGGAAAUUCCUUGAUACGCAAAGAAUACAUAACUUGAUCGAGUAUCUUGAAGAGCUGCACGAGCGCCAUAAAGCCACGGCAGACCACACGACACUAUUACUAAACUGUUAUGCUAAGUUAAAGGAUGUCGAUAAACUAGAAAAAUUCAUCAAGUCCGAGGGGGAUCUCAAAUUCGACUUGGACACUGCUAUAACCAUGUGUAGGCAAGGUGGCUACUUUGAACAAGCAGCCUAUCUUGCCACAAAGCAUGGUGAAAACGACCUUGUGGUGGAUAUUCUCAUUGAAGAUUCCAAGAAUUAUGCCGAAGCACUCGACUUUAUAUGGCACUUGGAUUCUGAAACGGCAUACCCAUGUCUGAUGAAGUACGCGAGAGUGCUCCUAGAAAAUUGUCCUAGUGACACCACAAAGAUAUUUAUCGACUAUUAUACGGGAAAAUACAAGCCUAAAGUCCAUAAAGUGCCAUUGGAAGAGACACAAACCAUAUCGAGUGGUGGGUUUGUAGCAGGUGCUACAACUGCUGUGCAGAAUCUAACUAGUCUACUUCCUCUCCCAUAUAUGAAUACCUCCGCAGUACCUACACCUACCGGUCAAGGAUCGCAAGCAACUAUUAGCGAUGCGGGCGCCGUAAUAGAACCCGAAAUAAAUGUUGAGCCGAAGUAUACCCCGCCGCCUCCUCGAACAGCCUUCUCGUCUUUCAUCGAUCACUCAGACGAGUUUAUCGUCUUCCUCGAGGCUUGCCUAAAGGAGGACUCCCUUAACGAGUCGGAUAGGGCGGACAUAUAUACGACCCUAUUCGAAAUGUAUCUCCAUAAAGCUAGCGAAAGGAAGGGCAUGCAACGGGAAGAGUGGGAGCUCAAAGCGAAGAAGCUCAUCGAGGGGCGAGAAGUACCCAUUGAGAACUCGAACGUCCUUCUCCUAUCCCACCUAUCGGAUUUCCGCGACGGCACGACCCUCGUCAAGGAGCAGUCCGGCCUUCUAUCCGAUAUCUUCCGGUCCUAUACCUCGGCCAAGGACACUCGCGGGGCUAUCAAAGCGCUCCGCAAGUAUGGACCAAAGGAGCCGCAACUAUAUCCGGCAGCACUCGCAUACUUCACGUCGGACGCGCGAAUUCUAGAGGAGGCGGGGCCGGAGGAGCUAGCGAACGUACUAAAUAAGAUUGACCGCGACGGGCUCAUGGCGCCGCUGCAGGUCAUCCAGACGCUGGGCUCGAACGCGGUGGCGACCAUGGGCAUGAUCAAGCCGUACCUCCGAGAAACGAUAACGCGCGAGCGCCGCGAGAUCGCGUCGAAUAGGCGGCAGACGAAUUCGUUCCGGAAAGAGACCGAAUCCAAGCGCGCCGAGAUGGCGGAACUCGGCGUCAAGCCGGCCGUGUUCCAGGCCCAACGUUGUCCCGGCUGCGGCGGGCUGCUCGAGCUUCCCGCCGUGCACUUCCUCUGCAAGCAUAGCUUCCACCAGAGGUGUCUAAAGCAGAGCGAGGACGGCGCCGAGGUCGAGUGUCCCGUCUGUGCCGUCAACAAUGCGGCGGUGCGCGCGAUGAAGAGGAGUCAGGAUGAGAGGGCCGAUAGACAUGAUUUGUUCAAGGAUGCGCUGGAGAAGGGGCCUGAGAGGGAGAGGUUUAAGACUGUGGCGCAGUGGUUUGGGCAGGGUGUUAUGGGGGCUGGGACUGCAGAGUAGAAGUAUGAGUUUGAAGUGAAGUUUGAGGUUGAGGUUGGGGGUGUAUGAUGCGAUGAUACCAUGCCUAUUCUAAGUUGGAUGUUGGAGGUUAAGGGUAUCGUACUAUGAGUACUAUGACUUUGUCUAUAUGGCGAUUUUCUAUAGGUCUAAGCGCAUCUAUAUAA